GAUUUCUCUCUGCACUCAGUGCCUACUCACACAACUAAAAUAACUAGCAUGGCACCCAUCAUGGAGGGCACACAUACCAUCUUGCUUCUCUAUGAACCCAUCUAUGAGCUAAGCAACGUCAGUCUCUACUUUCCCAAGAGGAGGGCCCCCAUCUUCAAAUACAAGAGCCGCACCUCUCAUUCAGCAAGCAGCGGUAAUGACCAUGACUGGGGAAAGCAGAAUCUGGCUGUGUCCAAACAAAGAGGCCAGUCUUCUGACUCCUCAGGCAAACUUUUCAACUCCCAGCAGGCAACAAAAGAAGCAGUCGCAGAACUCUGCUGGCUGGCGGCUGAUCACCACCAGUUGCUGGUAGAUCUGUUAUCCCUGUGUCGGGAUUGUGCUAGCAAAGUCAAAAUGGGCAACCAGGAUAUGAAAUUCCAGGAGUGUGAGGAAGAUCAAGAAGUUCACAUUGGAGGUCGGGUUCUUAGCGACAGCAACUGCCUGAUGUCUGAGAGUAAGAAGGGUGCAGCUAAGAGCAAAAAGGUGAAGAGGCUGGGAGGCAAGAAGCUUGACAAGCCAGAGGAUUUACAAUACACUAAAAUGAAAAAGAAAGCUACAAAAGGACAAUCACAUGUGGAGCUUCCAACAGACUCCAAAGAAUCCACAUCUGCAGUUUUACAAGCAGAGCAAAUCCCAAAGGAAAAGGCUUCUGACUAUGUGUCUGACAGCACAUCAAGUCGCUCUAAUGUUAGAGAAGUCAGUAAACUCAUCGUUACAGUGGAGGAACCUUUUCGGACUACUCAAGAGAACUGGGACUUAAUGGAGGACAACCAGAACUUUGACCCCGUCAUGGAUUUUUGUAACGACUUCUCAGAAUGUGACGGUGAACUUGGCUACGCAUCAUCCUCUUGCAGCCUGAUAGAGGGCCUGAACAGACGACAGAGUGGGGGCAACCUUCGUCCCAUUAAAAAGUUUGAUUCUGCGGUUGAUACGAUAGCUGCAAAUGGAUUAACUGUCAACAAAUCUGGUCAGCAUCAGCUGUACAGUGAUAUGAACCAAAGAAACACAGGCAUCAGGGUAGUUGCAAAAUUACAGGACGUGGAAGGUAAAGUUCACCAUGUCAGCCACGCAAAUGGUAACAGAACUUUGCAACAUCCAGGGACCAGUGGGAGUAAAAAGGAGAUUGGAGAGUGGGGAACGAAAAAAGGAGACUACCGACUUGAAGUCAGUAAACAAAAUGGUAACAAACUUUCUGAGGGGUUACGACUGCCCCUUUCCCACACUGCAGAGCCCUUAGCGCCAGUCAGAUCCAAAUCAAAGAGCCCCUCUUCACCUUCUCUCGCUGGAGUCUUCAACACAUCUUUCCCGGCCUCCAACAACCUCCAAAGCAUGUCUCCUGUGCUGUCCCCCUUGUCUUCCAAGCAGCUGAGUCCACAGCUCAACCACCGCAUUGUCCUACUUUCAGAUAAGGAUGAAGACUCCUAUCGAGACAGCUCCAGCAACACAGAUGAACCCAAAAGCUUUACUGAAGUCAUCGAUAGGAAUGGCAACAAGCGGACUGUCACCCAUCUGGACCUGGACCUCAACAGGCGGCCAAGCAACUCCAAGAGAAACUCCUCCAGCAACUCCACAACAACAGAAGAUUCCCUCCUGCGACAGGAUGAUAUUUGGAUGCUGGAGUGCGAUGACCCUCAAGAGGUUCUCACCUGCGUGCCUCGCCCCAACCACCUCGAAUUCCUUCGCAUCACACCGCCAGAGGAUGACCUCAUCGGGGACACACCCUACUACCCCAAGCUGGAGUGCACGACAGAGGUCUCUCCCACAGACAGCGAGGACCGGACUCCAGGUCGUCUGCAAGCUGUGUGGCCUCCGCCCAAACCUAAAGAUGAGGAGGAGAAGGUUGGGCUGAAGUACACAGAGGCAGAGCACCAGGCUGCUCUCUUGCAGCUGAAAAGAGAGUGCAAGGAGGAUCUGGAGAGGAUGCAUGCUGACUUUGAGCUUAAAAUCUUCGAACUUCGAGGUGAGCAUGCUGUCUCAAUAUCACAGCUGGAGGGAGCCCUUGCUAAGCUACGGAAGGAAAAGAUGCACAGUGCAGGCCAGGAUUAUAGUCCUGUCUGCGAUGUGGCUGUACCCAACUCAGAAGAGUUGACUCCUAAGACCAGUCGCACUGUGGGGAUCCAGACUGACAGGGAGACCUUCAUUAAGAGCCCAGAGGGGGAUGAAGGAGGGCCCACUCAAAGCCCCAACCAGCAGCUGCGUAAAAAACUCAACUUGGACUCAGUCGGACUAAAUGUCAAAGCCGAAGCAGGACCUGAACCUUCUGGACCUCCUCCUCCCCCUCCAGCUCUGCCACAGAACCUUUCAGGACCACCACCUCCCCCUCCUCCACCGCCUCUUCCAGGCUUGCCAAUACCACCACCACCUCCUCUCCCCUUCCCAGGCCACACUGGAGGGCCACCUCCACCGCCUCCACCACCUCCUCCUCCAGGGGGUGGUCCACCUCUCCCUCCUCCUCCCCCUCCUCCUCCUGGCAUACCUGGAGGUGGUCCACCUCCCCCUCCACCUCCUCCAGGCUGUGGACCUCCACCUCCUCCCUCAUUGGGGGGGUUUAGCCUGAAAGUUGAGGCUGCCCCGAGGAAACCUGCCAUUGAGCCCGCCUGUCCCAUGAAACCUCUGUAUUGGACCAGGAUUCAAAUACAGGAAAACACCAACAACACACUGUGGGAUUCUCUAAAAGAGCCUGACAUCGUCAACACUAACGAGUUUGAGGAUCUUUUCUCCAAGACCACAGUCAAGCAGAAGAAGAAGCCCUUGUCAGACACCUAUGAAAAGAAAACCAAAGCCAAGAAGAUCAUUAAGCUGCUGGAUGGGAAGCGUUCUCAAGCAGUUGGCAUCCUCAUAUCGAGCCUCCAUCUGGAAAUGAAGGACAUUCAGCAAGCUGUUCUUAAUGUGGACAACUCCGUGGUGGAUUUGGAGACCAUUGAAGCUCUGUAUGAAAAUAGGGCCACCAGUGAUGAGAUUGACAGGAUCCUAAAACAUUAUGAGACUUCCAAAGAAGAUGAAGUGAAACUUCUGGACAAACCUGAACAGUUUCUUUACGAGCUCUCCCUGAUUCCUGACUUUUCAGGCAGAGCUCACUCCAUGAUCUUCCAGUCAGUAUUCCUCGAUACCAUCUCCUCCUUACGUAGCAAGGUGGAAAUUAUCUCCAACGUCUGCAAAGACCUCCAUGAUUGUGAUAGUCUGCAGGAUGUGAUGGGUCUCGUUCUGGCAUUUGGGAACUAUAUGAAUGGAGGGAACAGGACAAGAGGUCAGGCUGAUGGCUUUGGACUGGAGAUCCUCCCGAAGCUAAAAGAUGUCAAGAGCAGGGACAAUCACAUCAAUCUUGUGGAUUAUGUGGUUUUAUACUACUUGCGAAACUUUGACAAACAUGCCGGUACAGAAAAGAGUGUGUUUCCUCUGCCUGACCCUCAAGAAUUUUUCCAGGCAGCACAGGUGAAGUUUGACGACCUUACCAAAGAUAUCAGGAAACUGAAGCGGGAUCUAACUGCUUGUGAGAAGAAUGUGGAGAACGUCUGCACUAACUCAUCAGAGGAACACCUGCAGCCCUUUAAGCAGAAGAUGGAGGCAUUUCUGUCAACUGCUCAAAAGCAGCAUUCUGCUGAAGAGGACCGGCUCAAUGGAGCUCAGAAAAGUUUCCAGGACGUGGUGAAUUAUUUUGGUAUAAAGCCAAAGGCUGGUGACAAAGAAGUCACCCCAAAUUACAUCUUUAUGCUUUGGUAUGAGUUCUGCAACGACUUCAAGAACUCCUGGAUACGACAAAGCAAAACCAUCUCCAAGGAGAGGUUGAAGGAAGCUCAAGAAAACAUUAAGAAAAUCACAGCAGAAAAAAGAGUGGAAACCAAAAAGAUUAAUGCCAACAGUCUGAAAGAGAGGUUACGGCAGAAGGAAGCCAAUAUGCCGUCCAGCUGAAGGAAAUGAUGAGUGGCAAGGCAGAAGAAGAAAGGUUGCAAUGAGGAAGCCUGCAGACCCCAUCCAUUUUACAUUUGCCACCUGCCUCACAAUAACACAAUAAAACUUGAGCAGAUUUACUGUUGUAUCUUUGCUCCACUAACAGGACCUUCAGCCCCAUCCUUUACACUCCUUUCUACCUCCAUGUUGAGCUUUUUUUUUUUUUUUUGCUCAACUCCUGCAGUGGGUAUCCACAGGCAACACCGGUGAAGUGAUGGGACUCUUGAAGGCCAAAGGUUGACCUCAUUCAUCUGGCAUGCCACGACCUCUGAUUGCCCAGCUUGGGGUAGGUCUCUGGGGUUCACUGGGAUUCUCAGCAAACUCCGCAAGCUUCCUCCUGGAUCUACAGAAGCUGGGGAUUGUCACUUUUCUAAAUUUCAUCUGACAGCUUACAGGAGAAACUGAAAAUGCUCUGACAAAUUCACAGUUUUUAAGCCCCUGGCAGUGUUGUAGGAACACAUGCUGCUUCCUGUCUCUUGUCUUCUUAGAGGAAAAUCCCUGUUGACAAAACAGAUCUUUCAUUCUCAGAGCAGGAAGUUAGCAGCGUCUUUUGCAGUAUGUAAUGUCUUUGAUUCACCCCUCCUCAUUAAAAAAAAACUUUUGCCAGUGUGUCAUGUCGAAGGAUCUGCAGGGACCGUGCAUAUUUUUGAGCAAUAUGAAUGAUCUACAGUUUUCGGGUGCACAGAUUGCUGUGUAGAAGAUGCGCACAAAUGGUUUGCUUCUGUUGUGUGUUGCACUGCACCAGACUGAGCUAAACCGGGUGAUGGUCAGAAGCGAACAGCAGCUGGCAGCGAGUCUGGCUCAGAGCAUUGGCCUCCUAAAAAACACAAACUUAUAAAAACACCAGAAGAACUCAACAUCACCUGGCUGUACACUCACUUGUGAUAUAAAAAAAGAAAUAAAUCUAUAUUUCACUGCACAGUUUUAUGCACUUUCCCGCUUGCAGUAGCUGUACGCUGUACUCUGUUCUGAUGCCUGCGUGCAUUUUGUUCAGCCUGCUUGCGCUCCUUUCUUUUGCACCUCUUUUACUAUGCAAAACCAUAGGAUUAUACUUUUAAUGUCAUUAUGAAGCCAUGUUAGAAUAGAAGUUAUAUUUUGAAAAUCGAGUAUUAAAAAUUAGUUGUAUGUACAGAUAUCACGUAACCUUUUGUCAGUAAAGCAAAGUCUAUUUAUGUAAAGAAAAAACAUUAUUUCAUGUAAAACAAAAGAAAACAUCAGAUUUAUUACUUUUUCAGCUUGCCUUCUCAUUGUAACUUUGAGUUAAACGUUUCUUGACAAAUUAGAAAACAUAUAUAUUUUCACAUGGAUGCUACUUGUAAGUUGUGCAUAUUUGAAAAAGAAAGUAAACUGAGCUGCCUUUUAUGCUUAGCUUUGUGCUGCUAGGAUUGACUUUUGAAGACAGAACUUGAGCUGUAAUACCUCAGAUGGACUUCCAUUAAUAGGAUUCUCCAAUUCCCUGUUUACCCUCUGUACUUUCUUUUACAGGUGUCUUUUAUUUGUAUGGGAAAUCUAAAGCCUUUAACAGUUUCAAGUUUCUUCAAGUGGCGAGGAAAAUAUAAAUUAGCAGAUGCUACAUCAAUUUGUCAUCAGCAGUUCCUUAUGUAGGUGUAUCGCCCUUUUAUAGAAUUAUUUUAAAUUUCAAAAAUAUACUUAUAAUGCCAAGUGAAACAGUUUGGGUAUGGAUGUAUACUAAUUGUUCAGUUUUAAAGGCCUGUACUGUGUAGAUCUCAUACUUUGAUUUGUUAGAAGGGUUUGGUCAUUCUUAAAACUGCUGAGCAGUCAAAUAAAUUGUGAGUCAGAAUAAAGUCUGUCAGUAGAACAUUGUUUUUGACAUUUAAAAUGGCUCCUUGGAAUCUGAAAUUUAAAAAAAUUAUUUGAACAAGAAGGUUUCUCUUUUUUUCAUAACUAUAUUUUGAAGCACAAACCUAUUUGUAUGAGG